AUGAAUUCCACACUUGUAUUAGAGUUCAUCAAAGUGUUGGGGGUUUCAGAAAUGUUACAAAAAAAAGCCUUAAAAGGUAACAAGCAGACGGUCGCCCUCUCCAAGAUCAUCCAACACGAGGACUACAACGGUUUCACCAUCAGCAACGACAUCUCCCUGCUUAAGCUGUCUCAGCCUCUGACCUUCAACGACUACGUGGGCCCCAUUGCCCUUCCCGAAGCAGGUCACGCUGCCUCUGGUGAAUGCAUCGUGUCCGGCUGGGGCGCUCUGUCUGAAGGAGGAAGCUCUCCCAGUGUCUUCCAGAAGGUGUCCGUUCCUAUCGUGUCUUAUGACGCCUGUGCUUAA